UCCUCCCUUAGCCACUACCAAUUUCUCCCAUUGCCACCUCUCUCGGCUGCACAUUUCAACUUCAAACCUUUUGCGCAAAAAAUGAAGAUCUUCAAUUGGAUGCACCGGAAGUUUAAUUACAAAGAUGGAAUUGGUGGAAAUGAGAAUAAAAGUGCCAAGGACACUGAUAAAAACAUCCUACUUGAAGACAUUGCACUUAGCAACGUGCUGGAUGGUUGGAAAGGAGGAAUACUAACAAUCGGAACAUUUGGAUUUGAUUCGAUUAAAACUGAAGAAAAAGAGUAUCUAUAUAGGGACGAUGACGAGGAAAAGGAAGGUGAAGAUAAAAGUGACGUGAGUAACGAAUCAGCAGAAGAAGAAGAAGUAGACGAGGAGGAGCAAGAGUUGAACCCAUUGAUGCACGCAGCUUAUGCACAUGAUUUCGAAGAUUCAAUCUGUGAUAAUACUGCAAAGGGCACCAUUGCUUCUGACUGUGAUAUCAAGAACAUGAAGAAAGAGAGAAUUACACUUGCAGAUUUGUUCUAUGCUGAUUCUGAUGAACAGGAAAAGCACAAGAAAAAUAAGGGAAACAUAAUCGACCCAGAUUUCAAUAAGAAAUUAUCUGCUGCAGAAGCAAAUUAUAAGCGUGGACUUUCCUUCGCCAAGAAACUCGUCCCUCGAGUUGGAGAAGACUCUCGUCCUAUCAAAAAACUGCACCAC